AUGAGCGAAGCCGGCAUCAAAACAUCGCAGCGCGUGAGCCGCUCGUGCGUCGAGUGCAGCCGUCGCAAAAUCCGCUGCGACAAGAAAUCCCCCUGCGCGCCCUGCGUGCGCCGCAAUGCCGGAAACUCCUGCCGCCGGCCGAUCGUCCGCGUCAGGGGACAGCUAACCGUCUACGCCGACUCCGAGGCUGGCAGCGCGGAGGAUGUGCAACUCGAGGACCUCCUGCGCGAACGAGGCGCCCUGCGCGCCCAGAUUGCUGAACUUGAGACCGCUCUUGCGCUGUCGAAGCCUUGUGCUCAUAGCCGCACCAGCGAGUCUACGGACUAUUCUGCACCGUCGGCUUCCCUGGAGGACCUGAUCCCGGCUUUUGAACAGUUCGAUAUCGGUAUCACGACUAAUGCUGCACGCGAGGGUGGCGAGAAGGAUCUUAUAGAUAGACUUUACGAACCUGCUGCGGAUCCCAUCUAUCUGCUUCUUCCCAGUAAAGACGCUAGUAUCCAACUCGUUACCUUCUCGCUCCAAACGCUGGGUUGGCUGCACUGCGCCGUGGAUGCUGAUGUGUUCUUCGGAGAACACGAAGAGUUCUGGCAGAGUACGCAGCUCGGUGCUGGCAUCGAUCGCGCACGGAGACCUUGGCUGGUUGUCUACCUUGCUGUCCUUGCUGUGGGCAUACUCUAUUCCAACCCAGACGAAAUCCCCGAUGUCAACCAGCUACCUCAACUUGGAAUGCCACUAGACAACCCUGUCUCUAUCGCAGUACACACGUCUCGUCUCUGGUAUGAGGCCGCACUCAAAGAACUGGAGAGGUAUGGGUUUGCAGGCUCACCUUCUCUCCCUGUUGUUCAGGCUCUGUCAGUACUGACACUAUGUCACUCCAACUUUGGUGAACACCAGCGAGAGUGGCUCAUCACCGGCUUUGCGACAAACAUGGCUAGAUGCCUUGACAUGCACAAGCUGGGGAAUGAAGUCAACAUCUCCAAAGACCUGUGCAAAAGACCGGAGUGGUCGUCCCCUUCUCAGCGAGAAAUGGGGCGUCGGUUGUGGUGGGCUUGCGUUAUCCGGGAUUGCCAGGACGACUACAUACUACCCAGAACACCCAUGGCUGAUAGUCCCGCUUCUUUCGAGUCUGGAAAUCUUGCUACUCCUUCACCGGCUCAUUACCAUUCAAUCAUGUGCCGUGUCUCUUACAUAGUCUACAUCUACAUCAAAGCCAACACACACCAGACGAAUUUGAAGUUCAUCAAAGCCAUCGAGGAGGUUCAGACUGUUCGACGAGACCUGCCCCUGCAUCUAUCGCCAAACUUUCCAGCCAAUGAAGACGACCGGAUAUGGGAGUUAGAGUACCCUUGGAUACCAUUCCAGCGCUAUCAGAUCCACUUCGUUAUUGACUUCUUAUUGCUGACCAUCGCUCGUGUAUUGUCACCGGAGAAUCCAGAUGAUGACCCAAACUUCAGACAGCUGGCCCUCCAGUCGGCGAACAAUCUUCUGAGCUACUACGCGAAGCCUGUUCCUAGGGUUUACAGGUUAGUUUGGGUUAUAUCUGCGUCAACAGUCGCAGCUGCUAUAUACGUAUCCUUAGACAUGCUUGCCAACCCGCAUGACUAUCGAGGUGACGCAAAACUUCGAAUCAUCAACCUUCUAAGAAUGGCAUUUACUGAGCUGAGAAAGCACUCUGCCGUUGCUGUCCAUGCAGCAAAAGGCUCGGCUGUACUUGAGGGGCUUCUGCCCGUGCUGGAACGACACGACACUGAGCUUCCUGGAACGUCACGUACGAUACACGAACUACUGCAGCAGCUGUCGAUGGCUGAUCACAGCAACACCAACGACUUAUCCAACUCGGCGCCUCCAAUGGACGGCUUUGCUCACCACGGCAACUACGAGAACAUUGACAUGUUCGAUGGGAUUGGCAGCACACUCAAUGCAACAUACGGUUUCGACGACUGGGACGAAGUAUUUGCUCAAAUGUGA